UGAAAAAAAAAAAUCAUCCCGCUUGCACUCAAAGCCUCAAACUUGCAUUUUCGGUCACCGGCCGACUGGGGAAGCCGGGCCUGCCUACUGCUAAACUAUUAGACUCCCACACCUGAAACCACCACCCACCAGAUGAACCCCACCUCAAAACCCCUACUGCCAUCCUCCGACUCCUCCACCGCCAAGACUGAUGAUCAAGGCGGUGCUACCCCCAACUUUUCCAUGUUGCACCCCGACAUCAUUGAAUCUCACAUCCUCACCCGCCUUGACGGGCCCAGUCUCGCCACAACCAGCUGUUCCUCCGCAACUCUCCACCGCCUCUCCGCCCAAGAACACCUGUGGUCUCAAAUAUGCCGCUCGACGUGGCCCUCAACCGCCUUGCCACGUGUCUCCCGACUCAUUUCUGCAUUCCCCGACGGCGGCCCUCGCGCCUUCUUCGCAAACUCCUUCCCUCUCCCUCUACCGGACCCCACUUCCGCCGCUUCACGCUCACCGCAGCCGUCGGAAUUGAUCUCGGCCGUCGAUAUAUACUACAGGAGCGAGUUAAUCCUCGCAAAGGUUGAGGAGACGGAGACCGUGACCGGGUGGUUCCGGUGCUCUCCUUUUAGAAUUGACCUGCUGGAACCCAAGGACGUGGUCCCCACACCAAUAAAACACCCGGAGGGAGACAACGACAGUGGGACGUCCCUGAUGGAAGACAUGACGCUGAGCUGGAUUUUGAUAGACCCAGCCGGGAGGCGAGCGGUGAACUUGUCAUCCCACAAGCCCGUUGCGGUGCAGCGGCACUGGUUGAGCGGGGAGGUGCAGGUGCGGUUUGCGUCAAUCCUGGUGGGUGAUCAUAAGGGGCCGGCGAGGGGUCACGUGCAGUGCGAGGUGGUGGUCACGUGCGGGAAGUCGGAGGGAGGGGAGAUGCGGGUGAGGGACGUGAGCAUGGAGAUGGAGGACAUGGACGGGAUGCACUUGAAUGGGAAGGACAGCCUGGUCAUUUUGCACAGGGCUCUGGAGGGCAAAAGGGGAAAAGCGAGAAAUAGAGGAGAGGAAGGGAGGAGGAGGUACGAGGAGUACGUGGGAAUGAAGAGUGAAAGGAAAGAGCGACAGAUGAGGACAGAAGGGGCAUUGGAUGUAAUGUGCGUGGCUUCUGGGGUAAUUACAUUCGUGGCCUUUUGGUGCUUCGUUUGGUGGAGAUGAUACUACUCUCUCUACUAACAAACAACUUAUCUCAAAUAUAGUUAGUGGUAAUUGAGGAAAAGAAAGGAUAAAUAGUAGAGUCCUAAAAGGAAAGAAAGAAGGAAGAAUUCCAAAUUGCAAAUACGUUGUUAGCUUUUUUGUUUGUAAUUGUACAGAGGAGGUGGUGGGCAAUAGGGAUGAGGAGAUGAAAUACUUUGUGUAAGGCGGAACGUUGGAUCAAAAGCGAAAGGUCACUGGGUGCUGAUUUUUUGUUGCUAACUUUUACUGUCAUAUGGUCUUAAAACUCACCCAAUUCCAAAGCAGCUUUUAAGUUUUAAUUGUA